UCCCCUCAUCCCCCUCCCCCCUCCCCUCAUCCCCCCUCCCCUCAUCCCCUCUCCCCUCAUCCCCUCUCCCCUCUCCCCUCAUCCCCCCUCCCCUCUCCCCUCAUCCCCCCUCCCCCCUCCCCUCCCCUCAUCCCUCCUCCCCUCUCCCCUCAUCCCCCCUCCCCUCAUCCCCCCUCCCCUCCCCCUCCCCUCUCCCCUCAUCCCCUCUCCCCUCAUCCCCCCUCCCCUCAUCCCCCCUCCCCCUCCCCUCAUCCCCUCUCCCCUCAUCCCCCCUCCCCUCAUCCCCCUCCCCCCUCCCCUCAUCCCCCCUCCCCUCAUCCCCCUCCCCUCAUCCCCCCUCCCCUCUCCCCUCAUCCCCCCUCCCCUCAUCCCCCCUCCCCCUCCCCUCAUCCCCCUCCCCUCAUCCCCCCUCCCCCAUCCCCUCAUCCCCCCUCCCCUCUCCCCUCAUCCCCCCUCCCCCCUCCCCAUCCCCCCUCCCCUCUCCCCUCAUCCCCUCUCCCCUCAUCCCCCCUCCCAUCCCCCCUCCCCCCUCCCCUCAUCCCCCCUCCCCCUCCCCUCAUCCCCUCUCCCCUCAUCCCCCCUCCCCUCAUCCCCCCUCCCCUCUGCCCUCAUCCCCCCUCCCCUCAUCCCCCUCCCCCUCCCAUCCCCCCUCCCCUCAUCCCCCCACCCCCUCCCCUCUCCCCUCAUCCCCCCUCCCCUCUCCCCUCAUCCCCCUCCCCUCAUCCCCCUCCCCCUCCCCUCCCCGUCUUCCCCCCUCCCCCCUCCCCUCAUCCCCCCUCCCCUCAUCCCCCCUCCCCUCAUCCCCCCUCCCCCCUCCCCUCAUCCCCUCUCCCCUCACCCCCUCCCCCUCCCCUCAUCCCCCCUCCCCUCUCCCCUCAUUCCCCCUCCCCUCAUCCCCCUCCCCUCUCCCCUCAUCCCCCCUCCCCUCUCCCCUCAUCCCCUCUCCCCUCAUCCCCCUCCCCCUCCCCUCAUCCCCCCGGGAACAGAAGAGACGCCGAGGGGAAAUCCAGAGGAAAGCUGAAGAAGGACAGAAAACUGGGAGGAAGAAUUUGGAACUGGGUCGUUUGCAAGGGUCUGUCGACUGAGGAGGUUUGCCUGCUGGAUGGUUCCUGCUUUACGAGGCUACUGACACGUAAGAAUGGAGUGAAAGGUUCUGUGGACCCAAACACGAAUAUUGAGGUGUGUGUGAAGGCGAUGGCUGAGGUUGUGGCAGGUGAACAGGAAGGCCGUGUUCUUCCUGAGGACAAGCGGGCGGUUUCCCUGGCCCCUGAGCGAGGGAGAUCACGGUGCUCUGAUCCCCACCCCUGUAAACUCACCGGGACCCCGCUCCCCGCCCCCUGUAAACUCACCGGGACCCUGUUUCUCGCUCCCAUUAAAUUCCCCGUUGAUUCCCGCCCCAUUUCCCCUCACUGGGCUCCCCUUUCCUGCCCCGCAUUUAAACUGUGGGCCCCGUUAACCAUCCCAUUAACGUUGGAGAGCCGGGGGAAGAGAGGUCCGGGAUCACCCCAGUCCCGCCCGGUCUUCAGGGGAACAGUCUCCGUCAUUUCGUCCUCGGUCACCCACAGAUACAGAUCGUUCGGCCCAUCCACAUCAGCCCCUCACACCACAAUCGGCCCAUCCCUCCGUUCCCCCCUCCGCGUGUGCUCAGCUCCUCCGGCCUCGGAGCCACGAGUUUCCCCGUUGACGGUUCGAUCCUUCACGGCCCCUGGCCCAGUCUCCGGGGAUGUGGUGGGUGUGUCCCCCAGCCUGGCACUGCCUCAGCCCCACUACACUGGGACCGUGACCCCCAGCUCUGGACACCGGCAGUCAGUGGGGUUCAGUAAACAGGGGAACGCACAGGAUCUGCCCUCACCCAUUAAUUAG